GGGGAGCUGGAGAGGACUCUUCCCAAUAGCACCUUCUCUGUUUGUAGCUACGUUAGCUCUGUCAUUAAGUUAGUUGACCAGCCUUGUUUUCACAGCCUGCUGGACGCACUAAAGCACUGGAAGUCUGUCAUCUUCACUACGACACAGACGAGUAGAGCAGUCGGCGAACGAAGAAACAUUUCGGGUGGAUGAUAGCAGUGGAGAUGUGUCAUAAGCUGCAUUGGACACUAAGAACCUACCUGGCUACCUGUCUAUCAACUGACAGCUGUCACCGCACCUAGCUGCUCAGCUAGCUGGCUAAGUGAGCUAACGGCUAACAAGUGUUUUUUUCCGGGCUCAUAGCCUGGCUAAUUUAGCCAGCCAGCGCUGCUCUCGGUUCAGAGUGGAAAUCAGUGACUCCCGCAAAAACGCUAGAUUUUAUUAUUUUCUCAAGAUUAUUUGACUCCGCCUGCCGUUCAAAUCAUGAGUUAGCCAAGGAGCGUCGGAGAGCAGUGUUUGGAAUAUUUUGAAAUCCAGCAUUUCCUAGCAUUUAGCUUGGAGCUAGCUAGCUGCAUUCAUUCAAUUAUUGAAAAGCUGCUAAAGCGUUAACAACAACACCUUAGCGGAUAGGGACUGGGUACAUCCAACCAUAGUCUUUGUUAGGAUACUGAUACAUUUUUGGACUUGACCUUGCCGUGGCCAACAUCUGGGGGAAAUGAAGAAAUUUUUUGAUUCUCGCCGGGAGUUGGUGAGCUCUGGGCCUGGUUCCGGAGCCGGUGGAGGAGGCGCUGGUUCCGGCGGUGGUGGCAGCUUCAUCGGACGGGUCUUCACCAUAGGACGCUAUCAAGUGACCGUCGAGGAAAUUGUCGCAGAAGGGGGUUUUGCCAUAGUUUUUUUGGUGCGGACUCAUCAGGGCUUACGUUGUGCACUAAAAAGGAUGUAUGUCAACAAUGAACAUGAUCUGCAGGUCUGCAAACUUGAGAUACAGAUUAUGAGGGACCUAGUGGGCAACAAAAACAUAGUUGGUUUCCUGGACUCCAGCAUAACUGCAGUUGGAGCUGGUGAUGUCUGGGAAGUCCUAAUCUUAAUGGACUUCUGUCGAGGUGGGCAGGUGGUUAACCUAAUGAACCAGCGGUUACAGACAGGCUUCACUGAACCCGAGGUGUUACAGAUCUUUUGUGACACAUGUGAGGCGCUCGCUCGUCUCCACCAGUGCAAAACUCCAAUUAUCCAUCGAGAUCUCAAGGUGGAAAACAUUCUCCUGCACGAUCGGGGGCACUACGUGCUCUGUGACUUUGGAAGUGCCACCAACCGCUUCCAAAACCCUCAAACAGAGGGGGUGCCAGUCGUAGAGGAGGAAAUCAAAAAGUACACUACUCUGUCAUACCGUGCUCCAGAGAUGGUCAACCUCUAUGGUGGAAAGGUCAUCACAACAAAGGCAGACAUUUGGGCCAUGGGUUGUCUACUCUAUAAGCUGUGUUACUUCACACUUCCUUUUGGGGAGAGCCAAGUGGCUAUCUGUGAUGGCAGCUUCACAAUCCCAGACAACUCCCGCUACUCCCAGGACAUGCACUGUCUCAUUAGAUACAUGCUGGAACCUGACCCAGAUAAGAGACCAGACAUCUACCAAGUAUCCUACUUCUCCUUUAAACUGGCUCGACGAGAGUGUCCAGUCCCAAAUGUACAUAAUUCGCCCAUUCCUGCAAAACUUCCUGAGCCCAUCAGAGCCAGUGAAGCAGUGGCCAAAAAGAGUCAAACCAAAGCCAGACUUACAGACCCCAUUCCUACCAUGGAAACCUCAAUUGCACCUCGACAACGACCCAAGGCUGGCCAGGCUCAGCCCCAGCCGAUAUCGGGCAUUCUCCCUAUCCAGCCAGCUCUCACUCCUCGCAAGAGACCCAAUGUGCCAGCUGGAGCGUCCCAGGCCAUAGGUGUUGGUAUCAGUGGCCCACCUCCAGCUGCAGCUGCUGUCCAACCUGCUCAACAGGGCCCUGCUGCACAGGCUGCAUCACAGCCAGGCCAGGCGGCCAGCAUGCAGCCACAGGCUACACCGCAGCAUCACCAGCUCCUCAUGAAGCAGCAGCAAGCCUCGGCCUUCUUAAGUCCACAGAGUAACCAGCAGCAUCAACUGGUACAGAGCCUCCAUCACCAACCACAGCAACAACAAACAGCGUCUCAGGCGUCUACUGUGCUGCAGUCCAAAGCUAAACCUGUUCAUCCAGUUGUUACUCUGCAACUGCAAUACCAACAGCAGCAGCAGCAGCAUGUAGUCCAUGAAACAGCAGCUCCCCAUCUCACACCUAUCCCUGAGUCUGCAGUCAUUGGUCCUGCAGCUGACCCAGAGACGGCUGCCCGAGGGAUUCACAAAGUAGGCUCCUUGACACCCCCCUCGUCGCCAAAGAUGGCCCCUAAGAGUGGCCACAGACGCAUCCUGAGCGAUGUCACCCACAGUGCCGUGUUCGGGGUUCCAGUCAGCAAGUCCACCCAGCUACUUCAGGCAGCCGCGGCUGAGGCCAGCCUCAACAAGUCCAAAUCAGCCAGCACUACUCCUUCUGGCUCCCCCUGCUCGUCCCAGCAGAGUGUGUAUCAUCCAGGUGAUGGUGACGCCCCGUCAACCCUCACUGCACCCAACACUCAGCCCAGCUGGAACCCCUUUGGGGAUGAUAACUUCUCCAAGUUAACGGCGGAGGAGCUGCUCAACAAAGACUUUGCAAAGUUAGCUGAGACUGCUGCACCAGGGGAGAAGAUCACAGGCUCCAGUGAAAAUCUUAUUCCAGGGCUCAAUGCUUUUCCAGCUGAAAGAUCUGCAGACAUCAUGAACGCAGGUUCAGCGUUGUUGACUGUCCCGGACCCUUUUAAUACCCUUUCACUCUCUGACACCACAGAGAAGCUGAUUGAGGGACUGAAGUCCCCUGAAACUUCUCUGCUGCUCCCCGACCUCUUAACCCUGGCCGACCCCUUCAAUAGUUCUGCAGAGAGCUCCACCAAUGCAAAGGCUCAGGUGUGUGUGGAUUCACUUAUUCCUGGUUUGGAAGCCCCCCAGGCCCAGCGACAUUCAGCCCAGCCAGAGCUCAUCCCCGCCAGCAUGCCAGACUCUCUCACUGGGGAAGACACUCUGCUGGGUUGCGAUCUGUUAUCUCGUACUUCUCCUCAUGGAAACCAGUCUGUUUCUGCUCUCCCCUCCUCCUCCUGCUCCUCUGCUCCUCCUGGCUCCGGCUCUGGAUCCUGUCUGGAGGAGCUGCCGCCUGGUCAGACAGCCUCUGACUCUGCUUUCCUCAUGUCGUGUGGGGAGAAGGGCAAUGACGACGAGUUUGACCCUAUUCCUGUGCUCAUCUCCAAAAACUCAAAUCAAGAUCUGCAAGGGGAGAGCAAUGGCUACGCUGUGCUUGGGGAGGGACAAGAGACUGAACCUCCAGAAGGAGGUUCUCAAAUAAACGAGGGCUGUGUGCACUCCAGUGAUGAAGAGGAGGAGAAAGAAGUCCAUAAGGAGGAGCAGCAGGAUGAGGGAACCACUGAGAGUCACGUAGCAGCCCAUGACUGCAGCGGCUCCAGACCUCUGCUGAUGGAGUCUGAGGAUGAAGAGGAACAAGGACCUCAGUUAGCCCUCCACUCAUCUCCGCAAUCCAGCACAGUACCAAUACAACCAUCUACUACCUUCCAACAACCUACUCCAAGCACCUUAGCUCAGAAUCAUACCCAGCAUGUACCCGAGCCAGCUAAGGGGACAGAUGUUGCUGCAGAUGUCUUCUCUACAGCCCCCUUCCGGAUUGCGCAAGAAGAAGCGUCUGACGUGUUUGCCAAUGCUCCGUUUCCUCGCGCCACCCUUGCACCUCAGCAGCAGCUCGACGUAUUCUCUCAAGCUCCCUUUGGAAAAAGAAAGGAGGCUACAGGAGCUCUGCCUAAGACCUCAUACCCUCAUGCAGCUGGAGUUCAUGCUGUAACCCCUGAUCAAGGUGCGUUGGGACAAGUUCCCCCUCAACCAUUCCGCCCUCAAGCCCUGGCCAAAUAUUCCCGACACUUUGAGGGACCUGUACCCCAGCAGCUAGUAGCAGCUCACAGAGUAGUGUCUAACGUGAGCAGGCAAGCCGCUGUGGCAUCAGUCCCUGUUGGACCUCUUCACUCAUGGACGUCAGAAGUGAGCGCUGUAGACCCCUUUGUCUCUGCACCCUUUCACCUCAAGGCUCCGCAAGAAAAGCCCUGAAGGCACACUCAGAGGUCAGGGCAGCGGGCAUCAGCGCCACUGAAUUAUGCAAACUACAACAGGCAUACUGCAUGCUGUCACCAGCGCUGCAGCUGGACUGCAGGCCUGCAUGGAUCUCAUUCUCAACUGGCUCCAAUUAGAUCUGAUAGUGCAAGGUCAUCUUUACACUUGAAUGCUCCAUCAGAGUAAGAAAACUGACAUCCUUCCCAGACUCCUAGUCACUUUUUAUUUUAUUUCCCAUCACACCCAUUUACCUUUUGAAUUAUCUUUAAUCCUUUUGGUACGUACAUCUACACAUAGACGAUAUGGUGGUCAAGUAUUUGAUUGUUUUCUUGCCUACCUCAGUUACUUUUUGUGUCAGCGCUAAAACACCACAACAGUGAGGGAGUUCGCCUGAGGCCUUGGCAGUUUUAAUUCCUGUAUAUUUGAGCUUUACUGUGAAACUAUGAUCUGAUAACACCUCAUUUCUCCAUUAUAUUAGUUCAUAACUUCACAGAGGCAUGGAAGAGGAAAAGACGCAAUAGAGCACCAUUAGUGAGUGACACAGAUCUGCAGUUUCUGAAUACUAUUGUGAGAGUUUUGUGACAAGAUGAGGAAUUCAUCUGUAAUUGCAUCAAACAUGAAAUUUGUAAAUGGUCUUACAACUGUACCCUCAAAGUCAGAUGCUGGAUAAUGAUGCAUAGAUAUUUCAAAGAUGACAUUUGUUGAUAUGAGAUGUUUUUUUUCCCUCUCUCAAUCCAAAAUGUUUGCAUUUUUUUGUCAUGUGUAUUAAUUUGUGGUCACUGUCCUGUCUAAUGAAAAUGGAAUAUCAGUGUUUGCUCCAUGUAAUGUACGAACCUUAUAUAAAUGUUAGGCAUAGAAAAUUCAUAAUAGUAGUUCCUAUGUUAUGUAAAUGUAUUAGAUCCACUUUAAUUUGUUUCUCCUUACUUUGUGAGAUGAUAUCGCUGAAGCCUUACACUCUUACAGUACUUCCCUCCCACCACAUCGAACAGUAUAAAUCACUUUUGCCUUUUGUGCCCUCCUGAAAAACUGCUGCAUUUAGGCCUACAUCAUUUUAUUGCACUUGCAUUCAGCACCAAAUACUUGUGUACAAUCAUGUACAACUUCCAUUUGCUGUCUGCAGUAUGCAUAUGCACCAAGAUUUCCAUUUCAUCUAUCAUAGACAUCUCUGUAACUUCCAAAUGUGCAACAACUGUGACUCACAUUUACAAACAACCGAAGUGAAAACAAUGCUUUCCUGCAGUCACACAAAUAUCUACAGCACUUAUGCUUCGCAGUUCCAGUCAGGGAUUGUAAUAGUAGUAUAUUGUAAGUGAAAUGUUGAAUGGUGACUGAAUGAUGACAUUCCUUUUGAAUUUAUUUCCAUCAUCAUUUGGAAAUAUUUUAUUAUUGUCUUUGUGCUUUGUCAAAUCAUGGAACACUUUUUGGUUCCCACCAAGGCACUUUUAAGAAAGGGGAUCCAACCUGUUUCAACCCAAAGUUUAAAUCAUGUAUUCCUCUGUUGCAAUGUAAAAUCCUGUUUUCUUUUCUUUUUGACGUGUACAAUCUUCUUUUUUUUUUAUAAAUGCUCACUUUUCUCACCCAACUUGUAUACAUGAAGGUUGCACAUAGUCACUGACACAAAGUCAGGGUUCUCUAAGAAUGGGUUUUGAUUGUGACACAGCUGUAAAGUUUAUUUUGAGCAGUGUUGCAUAGGAAAUCUUUGGAGGAUUCAACAGAUGAUGAUACUGUUGGACAAAAAAGGACAAAAAAGCACUCGAAACACUUGUUAUGCUGCACAGCCUGCCUUUGAAAACCAUGUUGUAAGUC